AAAGCGGAAGAAGGCGGAGAGGUGGAGGGGAAGAAGAGAUAGAGGGAGUGGAAAAGAGGGUGAGAUCUUUAGUCAUAAAUACGUAAAUUCUUGGGCUUUCGCUGCGAUCCGGUAGGUUGGUGAGGUUUGCAGUCGGAAUUUUUGGCGAAAUUUUACCGGCGAUUGCGUGCUCGCAGAUUUGUUGUUCAAGGCGGCGGAGUCGACUUUGGAUAAGAUAGAGCUCUUCGGGGUGUAUCUUUUUGAUGAGCGUUCAUCUGAGUGAUGGAUAGGAUUCGUGAGGCUAGAAGAGGAUCCAUGGCUGCGGUGAACGGGAGCUUGUCGAGAAGACGUCAGAGGAGUAGUAGCUUGCGAGAUUCGCCUGAGGAAGAUGGAGCGAUAGAGAUGCAGGAGACGUCGCGGCUUAGGGAUCGAGGUGGAAAGAAAGAUAGAGAUCGUGACAGAUCUGGUCGGAGUAAGAGGAGAAGGGGCGAUAGGAUGCUUCAUGGGAGCCACAGAGAGGAAGGAGACGACAGCUCAGAGGAAAGUGUUGAUGAGGAUGAUGAGGAUGAGGAAGAGGACUCUUCGGUGGCCGUGCGUCUGCAGCCGCCUCCAGCUCAGAAUCCAGUCCCAACAGCCUCUGGGAUGCAAAUCCACAAUAUCCGGAAAGGUUAUCCGGUUAAACCGGUAAGACCGCCGGGGACUUGUACUUGGAAAGUAGCGGAAGAGAUGAUAGGAGCUCCCAUACCGCGGAAAGCUCGGUCAUCAUCUGUGAAAAGGUCACAAGAAUGUUGGGUUUCAGGUGGGGGCGGUGGUUGCGGUGGCGGAGGAGAUCAGGUUCCUUGUCAAGCAUCGAUGUCUCCGGCCAGACGGAGUCCUUCUUCCACUGCACCUGUUUCACCUUCCUCUUCUAAUGUUUCAAUCCGAAAGAAGAUGAAGCCGAUUAGUGUACCGAAGCCUAGGCCACCGAAAACGUCGAAGUCUUCUUCCAUCCAGGAGAUUGAGAUUGAGGUUGCAGAGGUCUUGUAUGGAAUGACGAGGCAAGUUCCUUCAAAGCCGGAAGAUCACAGACACGAUCCCAAGGAAUCCAAUGGAUCCGGCAACGAAGUUAAAUCUAGGUUAUCUUCGCCAAAUCCGAUCUCUCCUCCUGCAACUUCUCAGCCUUCCACCGUGCGGCCUUCUAAUCCGACCAUCAACUCAUUUCCGUUGACUGCCACUGCUCCAAAGAGGAAACGGCCUCGUAUGAGGAUUGAAGAGGAAAGCCCUACUAGUCCACCUAGCUCCAUUGCUCUACCAGCAACAUCCAGUUCUUCGGCGGCCAAGUUAGACACAGAAGUUGUGCUGCCGCCUGUUGGUACAAAAAUCGAUUCCGCUUCUCCUAGAUCAGAGAAGAACUGUUCCCCCGCUAUUGAAAACGGUGGUUUUUCCAGCGAUCCUCCAGUUUCUAAUGUCUCUUCAGCUAUAGUUUUUGCUGCUAAGGUUCAACAAGAUUCGGUAAAGGUAGAAAGUAUCCCGGAUCUAAAGGAUGCAGAUAGCCGGCCAGAGAAGAAGGCCAAGGAGGAGGUGUUCUCUCCGCCAAAAGAUUCUCCUACUGCUAAUUUGGAUGCUAGCAUUGAAGAAGCCCCUGCAAGCAAAGCUUCUUUUAUUUCUGAUGCCCAACGAGAAGAGAAGUUUAGUAUCGAUUUGAUGGCUCCUCCAGGGAAGUCAUCUCCAGAGAUAGAAAGCAACUCGGAUACUGUUGCAGAUUGCAAAUCUGUGGAGAUGGAGAAUGCAACGAAACCGGAGGUUGUUUCCAAAGCAGAAGUGGAAAAGAUUGAGAAAAAGUCCAAGUCCGAAGCUGAGGAAAUUGCUCUGGACGAUAAAACUGGUGGAAAGCCAUCAACAGAGGGCUCUGAUUCCAGGAAGCAGGCGGGCAAGGAGAGGAAUCUUGAAUUGCAAUUCGAGUUGGAGAAGCUUGACAAGGACGUUACCGGCGCCAUUAAACACCAAAUCCAAAAGCAGCAAUCUAAAACUCCAAAAACUGAGCCUAGAACCGAGAAAGCGGGUCCGACGGCAUCUUUGCCCAUGCCAAUGCAGAUCACAGGUUGGCCUGGUGGUUUACCUCCUUUUGGGUUUCUGGGUCAAGUUCCUCCUCUACCACCUAUUGUUCCCGUGGAUGGGACCUCAAGUUCUUCCAAGCAGAGUUUCCUUCCUUCACAACUCCGGCCAAAGCGUUGUGCAGCUCACUGCUAUAUUGCACAAAACAUACAUUGUCAUCAGCAGAUUACAAGAUUAAAUCCAUUUUGGCCUCCAGCAGCUGCUCCAGGGCCUUUGUAUGCUUCAAAGCAAUAUAAUCUCAAUACUGCACCGCCUUCCGAUGCAGCAGCAGCCAUUCUCGGUAGUCCAUUGCAAGGGAGCCUCCCUGGGAGGAGCUUGGGUUCUGUACAAGAGAAAGGUUUACCAGCAUCCGCUGCACAUCCUGUUCUCUCUGUAAAGGAUAAGAGUGCUGCAGCAACUCAAUUCAUGGAUGUUUCGCAGAGGAAGCCGCCCUCACUGCCGCAGUCCUCACAGCCCGGAGCAGCCGGCAACAUGCUUGCUCCUGCUUUUAUUUUCCCUCUCAAUCAACAGCCGGCUGCCGCUGGGGCUGCUGCCGCUACCAGUAGAUCUGGGGUUGCAAAGUUGGCACCAGGCUCUGGCAACACAGCUCAAUCAUCCAGCAGUGCAGGUUAUGCGGCGGUGGGGGCUUCUGGAGCUAAUGGAUCAGGGACUUCCAUGAGUUUCAACUACCCUGGUUUGCCACCAAACGAAGCUCAAUAUCUUGCUUUUCUGCAAAACAGUGCCUAUUCAUUUCCUAUUCCAGCACAUGUUGGCGGAGCUCAACCUUACAGAGGGGCAAGCCCUGCUCAAGCCAUGCCAUUUUUCAAUUUGUCAUUUUACCCUUCCCAGAUGCUUCACCCUUCCCAGCUCCGUUUACAACAGCCGCCACCAUCGUCGCAGCAGCCUCCAUAUUCCCAGCAGGGACAUCAGAAUCCAAGUACGUCCAGUGGCUCAUCUUCAUCUCAGAAGAAUACCCAGCAAUCCCAGAGAGUUCCUGCGGCUGCUGCUAGUGCCAUUACUGCAGGGAAUUCUCAUGGCUUUCCUUCUUCCAAGCAGCAGCACCUUUCUCAUUCUCAUCAGGUUCGGCAAUUGGAGCCUGAACCGGGAGGCGAGGAUGCCCCAUCCACAGCUGAUAGCAGGGUUUCUCAAGCCCAGAAGAACAUUUACACGCAGAAAUUUGCCAUGCCCGCUCAUUCCCAAAACUUUGCUUUGAUUGCUCCCGCAGCUGCUGCAGCAUUGAGCGGUGUUGGAAAUCAUAGCGAGAAGCAGCAGCAGCAGCAGCAAUCACAAAACCAGGUUAUGAAGGUUGAUCUCACUCCAUCUCAAGCCUUUGCAAUGUCCUUUGCGUCCUUUGGCGGGGCUGCUGCUUCGGCUGCAGCUGGUGGAGCUGCUACCCUUGGUCUCGAUUUCUCAACAAUGGCGCAGAACCAUGCUAUUUUCCAAAGUCUUCCAGAAACAGUACGUCACGGUUACCAGGUCUCUGCAGCAGCGGCUGCUGCAACCCAUUCAACCCAGCAGCAGCAGCAGCAGCAUCAGAACAAAAAAACUGAAGAUGGGAAAUCUGCUUCUGAUUUGGGGAAUGGCAGCACAGUUGGCGAGGAGGUGAAGAUCUCAUCUGCGAGCAAGGUAUUGGGAAAUGUCCAGCAACAUCCUCUCGCUUUUACUCGGGCAGACACAGACUCUUCAAUUUCUUCCAUUCUUACCAAUAGUGUGAUUGAUAGUUCUUCCCGAACCUUGAAUCUUAUCCAGCCACCACCUAGUGGUGUUGCUCGUCUCUCAGGCCGGCCAACAAGCGCUGCACCACCGGCAUCCAAUUCCGCUGCAAACUCUUCAAAUUCUCAGCAUCUUCUUUCCCAGCAGCAGGUUCUUCAGCUUCCAAAGCAGCAUCAACAAAUCCAGUUGCAGCAGCAACAGCUUCAGAGAGCAAAGACAGCCUCUUCUCACAGCAAUGCUAGCCUGUACACUGACCGCUUGCCUGGAAACUCUACUGCAUUAAAGUUCCCUCAAGGUCUUGCUGGCUUCCCUCCAGCUCUCAUACAAAGCGGCGCUUCUUCGCAGGCUGCCCAAUGGAAGCCCUCGGCCAGAGCAGCAAAUCCUGCUUCUGCCGCUGCUCUUGCUGUGGCAACUCCCUCGGCAUCACCAUCUGCUAAGAAUAAUCAGAUCCCUCUGCAGCAGCAAGUGCGGAGCCAGCAACCACCAACCACCCAUCAAACUCACCAGAUCUCUUUCAGCGUUAGCCCUGCUGCCAAGGUCGGAGGGCAAUCAGGUCAGCACCUUGCCGCAGCAGGAAACAACUCCGCCGCUUCAUUAUCAUCCGCGGCUGCGGCGGCCACAAUCGCUGUUGGAUCUCCUCAAAAUUCAGUUUCCAAAAGCUCCAGUAGCAGUCCUCAUUCUUCCACCAUUGCAAAAUCCGCACCACCUCCUUCUCCUGUCCUACCUGUGCUGCCUUUCCAGAAGCAACAAUCAGGUAAGAACUCCUCAUCAAGCUCCACCAUUUCUCCAUUGCCUGCAACCAAUCGGAACAUGCCUUCCAUCCUCGGCACCCCCCAUAUCACCACCGCACAGAACUUGGGCUCUAAGCCACAGCCCUCCUCUCAGCACCUUCAGCAGUCCCAGAUGCCCAAGCAGCAUUCACCACAAGCUCAACUAUUCUACUCCUACCCUUACAUGCAAUCUCAAGCCUCCCAGUCUGAUGCUGCAGCGGCCGCUGCCGGCUACUUCCAGCAACACCAUCGUCGCCAAUCCGACCAGCAGAGGCAGAACUCCACCCCUUCUUCCACAGGCAUGCUCUCUCUCGGGCCUUCUUCAUCCCUAUCACUCUCCGCGGCAACAGACCCAUCCAAGGUAGGCGGAGCAGCCAAUUCCGGCAAUUCCAAGAAUCUAAUGCCGGCAAGCCUGUUGCAGCACCCAGGUCAAUUCGCCACCAUCUCACAACCUGCCAACGGUGCCAAUGCAGCUUCAGCCCCUCCUCUAAUGUACAUCCACGCAAUGCAAUCCGUCCCCUUGAAGCCCGAUGUAUCCGCUUCCGCCGAACACAAACCUGCCGCCGGAAGGUAGCUCUGCUAUCCUAAAUUCCAGCUUCAGAUUCCAUUACUGAAGCCCGAGAAAGGGCAGGGAAAGCCGCCCUUUGCAUCCAAGCGCCGCACGUGAUAGUCUCCGAGGGUUAAAAAUUUUCCUUUUUUCCACGAGAGGAGAGCAGGUGGCAGAUGUGAAAAGGACGCGGAGAGCCAUGGUUUCCUUCCCACGACGCCAAAUCCCCAUCAAAUUAAAUUUCUAUUGGUUUUGAUUUGAGAAGGGUUGGGAGAGAAGGUUGCGCACGGAAAACCAGAGAGCGCGCGGAUGUGUAUGUAUUGUAAAGGGAAAUAUAGUUGAUAAAAAAACUGUUUUUUUUUUUGUAUUUUGUUUUUGGCCUUUCCUGCGAGCGAGUGGUCAAAUUCUGGCAGUUUCGGACGCCGACUCCGCCAUUUCUUUUUCCAGUUUUUCUCUUCUCCUUUUGAAAACUCAUAUGCUGAAGCAAAAAAUAUGGCGCUCACUUUAGCUAUUUUGCUCUCAUUACUUAUUUUUGAAACCCUCCUGUCAAGCUGAAUGAAAGUGAAUUUUUUUUUA